AUGCCAUUUUUAAAAAAGAAAGAAGUUGAAGCUAAUGAUCCUGAAGCCAAUACUGCAAAAGAAUUUGCUGGUAAUCAAAUAUCGACGUCAAAAUAUAAUUUAAUAACAUUUUUACCUAAAAAUCUUUUUGAACAAUUUCGUCGAUUAGCUAAUGCUUAUUUUUUAUUUCUUUUAUGUUUGCAACUUAUUCCACAAAUUAGUUCACUAGCACCUGUUACAACUAUUUUACCACUUGUUUUUGUCUUAUCGUUAACUGCAAUAAAAGAUGCCAGUGAUGAUAUUGCAAGGCAUCGUAGUGAUAAUCAAGUAAAUAAUCGUGAAACCAAAACAGUAGUUGAAAAUGAAUUAGUAACUAGGAAAUGGAAAGAUAUUAAAGUUGGUGAUAUGGUACGAUUAGAAAAUAAUGAAUUUGUUACUGCUGAUAUUGUUCUUAUAUCAACAAGUGAACCAAAUAGUCUUUGUUAUAUAGAAACAGCUGAAUUCGAUGGUGAAACAAAUCUUAAAGCACGACAAGCUUUAGAAGAAACAUGUGCUCUUGAAGAUCAUAUUGACCAAUUGUCGAAUUUUGAUGUGGGAAUUGAAUAUGAAUCACCAAACAAUAAUCUUGAACGAUUUGAAGGAAAUUUAACAUGGAAAGGAAAAACAUUACCAUUAAAAAAUGAUAAUGUUCUUUUACAUGGCACUAGGCUAAGAAAUACAUAA